GACCACGAUACGACGUUAUGGGAGACGUCAGUGGAGGUUCAUGCCAGAUCCCGCCGUUCAUCCCAAUUCUUUCGCGCUCGGAGUUCACUAAUGUCGGGUCCUUGGAGCUGAUACCAAAUUCUUUGAGAUCGACCUGACAACGGUAUUGGAUAUCAAGCUCUCACCUCCUUUUCGUCUUUGUAGAGCUUCUUCCCCUUACUUUCUCCCCGAGUGAACUACCUUGUGUGACAUCUACCACCUACUGUAUGACAGACAACACUCGCGAUCCAACCACUCCUUACCUUCGUCUGGCACAUAUCUAAUCACUUACACAUCGGUCGCGCUCAAACUCACUAGCAACCAUGGCACCAUCAACCACCGCGCCUACAGGGCCCAUCACAACCCCUCUCACCACCCUCUUGGGGAUCAAACACCCCAUCAUCCUCGCCGGCAUGGCCCGCGUCUCUGGCGGUCUCCUCGCGGCUGCCGUCUCCAACGCCGGCGGCCUCGGCGUCAUCGGCGGCUUCAUGUACACGCCCGACCAGCUGCGCUCCAUCAUCGCCGAGAUGAAAGCCAACUUCACUCGCCCGGACCUGCCCUUCGGCGUCGACCUGGCGCUCCCGCAGAUCGGCGGCUCCGCCCGCAAGACCAACCACGACUACACGGGCGGCAAGCUGGACGAGCUGAUCGACAUCACCAUCGAGAGCGGCGCCAAGCUGUUCGUGUCGGCCGUGGGCGUGCCGCCCAAGCGCAUCAUCGACAAGCUGCACGCCAACGGGAUCCUGGUCAUGAACAUGGUCGGACACCCCAAGCACGCCGUCAAGGCGCUGGAAUUGGGUGUCGACAUGGUGUGCGCCCAGGGAGGCGAAGGUGGUGGACACACGGGCGACGUGGCUAACAGCGUGCUGAUCCCCUCGGUGGUGGACGUGGCGAGGACGUUUAAACCCCAGAUUCUGAACAAGGUAUUGGGUACCACGGAUCAUCCGGCGCUGGUGGUGGCGGCCGGCGGUAUCGCGGAUGGCAGAGGGCUGGCGAGCAGCUUGAUGCAGGGGGCGGCGGGCGUUUGGGUGGGAACGAGGUUCGUGGCCAGCAAGGAGGCGAGCUGCAGUGAGCAGCACAAGGAGGCGGUGGUGACGUGCGGGUUUCAGGAUACCGAGCGGACGCUGGUGCUCAGCGGGAGGCCGCUAAGGAUGAAGACGAACGGGUAUAUCGCCAAGUGGCAUGCGCAGCCGGAGAAGAUUGCGGAGCUGACGGGCAAGGGCAUCGUGCCGAUCGAGUGGGAUAUGGAUCAAGGGAACGAGAUUGACCCGCCGCAUCUGAUGGGACAGGUGGCGGGGUUGGUGAAGAAGGUGCAGCCGGCUGGGGAGAUCGUGGAGGAGAUGGUACAGGAGGCGGUUGAGCAGUUGAAGUUGGGUCAGGCGUAUUUGAACGGGGACAGGGCGAGCAAGCUAUGAGCGAGGCGGGAAGUCGCUCUAGUCCGAUAAUCCAUCGCUCAACGCAAAUCGUGUUUGGCACCUUCCAUAUGUUUCCCUCCCGCCCGUUUCCAUCCCAACUUCGACUGGGCCCGUCGCCCAAAGGACACUACAUAGCCCGCAACCUAGCUCCUUCACGGUAUAUGUACUACUUCCUGCGUCACUCCUUCCGUGGCAAGUUGGUUAAGAUGGCGCAGCGGUCAAGGUUGUUGGCCCCCCCAUCCUUUCCUUCCCCCGGCUCUCGUGUACGCUGCGCGUUCGAACCCGGUAGCUGUAAGUCCACGUUUUUUUUUUUUUUUUU